AUGGUGGAGAAACUAGGAUUGAAAAAGGUAAUGCAUCUUACUCCCUAUAAAGUAUCAUGGUUGCAAAAAGGGCAUCAACUUUUGGUUAAGGAACAAUGCAAGGUGGAUUUCCAAAUAGGAACUUAUAAAGAUAAAAUAGUGUGCGAUGUUAUGCCUAUGAAUAUUUGCCACAUUCUACUUGGAAGACCCUGGCAAUAUGACAGAAAAGCUAUCCAUGAUGGGAGGCACAACACUUACACUUUUGUGAAGGAUGGAAAGAAGCACAUUCUUACACCUCUAAAGGAAGAACAAUAUGUUGUUGAACCAAGCUCUAGAGUGAUUCUGAUGGGAGGUAAGGAAUUUUUACAUCAAAUGAAGACAAAAGAGGUAAACUUUGCUUUGGUAGGAAAGCUCAAAGGUGUGGUCACUAGUACAAAAUUGCUUGAUUUGCCUGAAGAAAUUCAAGACAUGUUGAAAGAGAAUAUAGACAUAGUAGUGGAUGAUCUUCCUGAUGCUUUACCUCCAUUGAGUGUUAUUUUUAGGGUCAUAUUGUAUAUAUAG